GUUCUAAAAGAAACCUUUCUGGGUUCCUUCUGGCGAGGGGCGAGGCGUCGGAGCACUUUCACUUUUUCCUCUCUUCUCCUCCUGUGUGCUCCGUUGCCCUGCGUUACUUCGGAGGAUUCUGAUUCGCUGUCCCUGGAAGCCAGAGAGGGAGUUUCCACAUGGCUCCCGGUCUCUCUGUGUGUGUGUGUGUUUGUGUGUGCGUGUGUGUGUGAGCGAGUCAGCCAGCCAGUCGUUGUGUGCGGUGUGUGAGCGCAUGUGUAGCUUUAAGACAGCAAGCCUGCACAGAGGGAGAGCCCACUUUAGGAUCAGGGAGCACUCAGAUUCUCCUUGCUUGCUCUUCAAAGAGCUUUUAGAUUAAAGCUUUGGACACUGAGAUGAGUGUGACCGCAAGGGAAGGAGUCUGCUUUGAGAGAAGAGGAGAGCAGCACCAUGUCUGCUGGAGUAAUGGGUUUUGACAAAGCACUCUAGAAGAGAUCGCGAUGGGAAACUCAGAGAGCCAGUACAGCAUUCAGGGUGCCAAGGGCCCCAGCUGCAUCCUCCCAGGGAAACAAAAGCCAUACUCACUUAAGUUCCGCUCAGCCAAAGAGGACGUGCUGUGCCCACAUACGUGGUGGAAAGGUGGCCCGGGGGGCUCAGGCUACAAGACGAGGGCCGUGGGCCGUGGUUCCCUCUCCCCUCACAAGAGCAGUCAGCCAUACGUCUCCCGCCAUUACGAUUACGUCACCAAGGGGGCGAAGGGUAGCCCCAACGGAAACUGCUGGCACGGAUCUCUUGAGCGCUGUCCGCCGGAAGGACGCUCGCAUCCGCCAACUGAGAACGAGUACUGUUACGAGGGCAGGCCGUACGAGGACGGGCCUUACGGGGGGGAGGUGAACGGUAACGCCCGGAAUGUCAGUGGGGACGCUCCCAGUUCUCUGGAGGAGCAGAGCAGUCCCAGGGUGGUGAUCAAGAAGGACGGCAGCCUGAGGGUGGAGUUCACCAACACCUCCCCUGGAGCCCUUCUUCUGGACGAGGCCUCUGGGCCUGUCCAGCUCCUCAAGUUCUCCCCCAACCUGGAGGCCACCUCCAGCCCCCGGCUGCCUGGCUCCAGCACCAGGAGACCUGAAGCCCACCAUGGAGCUCCUCCUGCCAUCUCCUCCACGUCCACCGCCAGGACCAGCAAGGGCAGCUCUCUGAGCUCUGAUGGCUCCUGGUAUGACUCCCCCUGGGGGCCCAGUGCGGAGCUCUGCGACCAGGACCCCCCCUGCUCCUCUAGCAGGACCCUCUGUAACGACUCGGCCCUCCAACUCGACUGCCCCAUGUCCAUCUCCGAGCUCUACAGGGACCCCAAAAUGGCUGCCACCUUCCCCACAGCAAAGGACCUAUCUGGCCAGUACCAGGACCCACCUCAGGUGCAGCGGCACCACCGGGCCUCCUUUGCCUCGGUUCUGGACGCGCCCACGGAGGAGGAGUGUCCGGAGGCCAGGCAGUACUCAUCUUACACCCUUCCCUGCCGCAAAGCCAGGGCCCAGGAGCAGGAUCCAGAGCAGGAGCAGGACGGGGCCAGCCGGGAGACCAGUACCCUGAAGAAGGACUCCAUCAGGAGCCGCAUGAGACGCCUCAGCGACUGGACAGGAAGUCUCAGUAGGAAGAAGAGGAAGUCCCAGGUCAGCCUGGACCCCAGGUAUAAGGAUCCGAGUGAGACUUUUGACAGUGGGGUGGACGGCCUCACAGCUGACACCAGCUCCCCCUCGCAGGUCUCCAGCCUGCUGUGGCUCCCAGGGAACCCCGGAGGAAGGGCCUCCCGGGCCCAGUCUGCAGGUGCACUCCACCAGCCAGGCAGCGACUCCCUCCGGCAGAACAUCUACCAGAAUUUCAUGAGGGAACUUGAGAUCGGUACCGGUACCAACCAGGGGAGCGGGGGGAGUGGGGGCGGAGCUGGCAGAGGGGCGGAGAGAAGAGAUCCCUCCACGGGCACGGAGGAGGGGGGCGAGAGCAGCAGCGAGUCGGCGGAGGGAUCCUUGGAGCAGCUGGACAUGCUGUUUGAGAAGGAGCAGGGUGUGGUGAGGAGGGCGGGGUGGCUUUACUUCAAGCCCCUCCUCACCCUGCACAAGGACAGGAAGCUGGAGCAGGUCAACCGCCGCAAGUGGAAGCAGUACUGGGUCACGCUGAAAGGGUGUACCCUCCUCUUCUAUGAGACCUACGGGAGGGGCUCUCCAGACCAGGAGCUGUCUCCCCGCUACGCUCUGCUGGCCGAAGACAGCAUCGUCCAGGCCGUCCCCGAGCACCCCAAGAAGGAGAACGUCUUCUGCCUCAGCAACACCUACGGGGAUGUCUACCUCUUCCAGGCCAGUAACCAGACAGACCUGGAGAACUGGGUGACGGCCCUCCACUCGGCCAGCGCCUCGCUGUUCGCCAAGCGCCAAGGUAAGGAGGACACGCCGCGCCUGCUGAGGAGCCAGAUCCGCGGGCUGCUGCAGAAGAUCGACAUGGACGGCAAGAUGAAGAAGAUGGCUGAGCUGCAGCUCACCGUGGUCCACGACCCCAAGAACCGCAAGGCCAUCGAGAACCAGAUUCAACAGUGGGAGCAGAACCUGGAGAAGUUCAAUAUGGACCUGUUCAGGAUGCGCUGUUACCUGGCUAGCCUGCAGGGUGGCGAGCUACCCAACCCCAAAGGCCUGUUGGCUGCAGCCAGCCGGCCCUCCAAAGCAGCCCUGGGGCGCCUGGGGAUCUUCUCUGUCUCCUCCUUCCACGCACUGAUCUGUUCCAGGGACGAGGCCACACUGAGGAGACGCUCCGUGUCCCUCAGCCAGCGCUCACGCAGCAAGAGGGGCCUAUUCUCCUCCCUGAAGGGCCUGGACAACCUCACCAGGAGAGGACGCGAGAAGAGGCCCUCAGUAUCCCAGAUCUUUGAGAACGACGGUGAACAGCCCUACUGUCUGCCUCCCAGUGCUUCUGAGAGACUAGAUGGCCUGGCCAACAUCUACUCCAUGUCGCCCCCCAAGGGCGGACCGUGGGACUGCAGUGGGGAAGCAAACACCAGCAUCUACAUGCCAGACAGCCUGACAGUCCAAGUGCCCAUCAGACAAGAUUACCUGGUGGUUGAUGUCCUCUCCGUAGCGUGCAAGGUGAAGCAGCUGGAGCCCAGCCUGCACUGUCUGAGGCUGCACAGGUGUGUGGGCCAGACUGUGGAGGUGCACACGCCCGGGCCCCACAAACUCAUCCUGGACCAGUUGUAUGAUGAGUUGGAGGUGGUUCCUCUGAAUAUAAUCCCCCUGCACAUGACCAAGCCUGCCUGCACUGGAGACUUUGGUUUUGCAGUCACAGGGCACAUAGACAGUCAAAGGAACAGCAAGAUCUUUGUCAGUGAAGUGCUCCCAGAUGGACUGGCCUUUAGUCAAGGACUGUGUCCGGGGGAUGAGAUCCUGGUUCUGAACGGCCAGGCUGUGUCCAGUCUUGACCUGGCUCUGAUCCAGACCUUGUUUGCCGAGCAGACCCUCCAGCUGAUCCUAAGACGGGACGGCCCCCUGGCCUCGCCCCUCCUCUCGGACCCCCCAACACCCCUGGCCAACCAGUCCCACCUGCUGCAGGACCUCCUGGAUACCCACCACAGAGCCAAGUCCACCACAGAUGUGUCUGUGGGGCCUGGCGGAGCAGGAGACUCACUAGGCCUGGAAAAUGGUCUACAGCACAGCCGCCAGCAGAACCUUCACAGGCCUGUCCAGCACAGCAAGAGCGUGGACACAGUGUGCACCCUCUACCACAGCUUCCAGGACGGAUCAGGGUCUGGGGGCUUGAUGGAGGGCAACAAAGAUCCUCAGGGCCAUGGCCAGGGCCAGGGGGGAGAGGCCAACCUGCUUAGACCCUGUCCCCGGCACAUGAGCGCCACCGACAGACUCUGCAAGGUCAUCCAGGAGCUGGUGGACACAGAGAAGUCCUACGUCAAGGACUUGGAGUGUCUGUUUGAGAUCUACCUGAAGCCACUGCAGAAUGAGACCUUCCUCACCCUGGACGAGAUGGACAGUCUGUUCGGCAGUUUGCCAGAGAUGUUGGACUUCCAGAGGGUCUUCCUGCAGACGCUGGAGGAGAGGAUUGCUUCUUCUCCAGACUUCAGCACCCUGGAGACCCCCAUGCAGUUUAAGAAGCUGCUGUUCUCUCUAGGGGGCUCGUUCCUGUACUAUGCCGACCACUUCAAGCUCUACAGUGGCUUCUGUGCCAACCACAUUAAAGUCCAGAAAGUUCUGGAAAGAGCCAAGACGGACCGGGCUUUUAAGGAGUUUCUGGACGCGAGGAACCCGACCAAGCAGCACUCGUCCACCCUGGAGUCGUACCUGAUCAAGCCGGUCCAGCGGGUGCUCAAGUACCCCCUGCUGCUGCGGGAGCUGGUGUCGCUCACAGACGCAGACAGCGAGGAGCACUACCACCUGACUGAGGCCCUGAAGGCCAUGGAGAAGGUGGCCAGCCACAUCAACGACAUGCAGAAGAUCUACGAGGACUACGGCUCUGUGUUUGACCAGCUGGUAGCGGAGCAGAGCGGCCACGAGAAGGAGGUAACUGAGCUGUCCAUGGGGGAGUUCCUCAUGCACUCGUCAGCGGCCUGGCUCAACCCCCACCCCUCCCUGGGCCGCAUGAGGAAGGACCCCGAACUGACCGUGUUUGUGUUCAAAAAGGCAGUGAUACUGGUCUACAGGGAGAGUAACAAGCUGAAGAAAAAGAUGACCACCGCUCGCUCCACACACUCCCAUGGAGAUCUGGACCCCUUCAAGUUCCGCUGGCUCAUCCCCCUCUCCUCACUGCAGAUCCGGCUUGGCAACGCUGCAGGAACAGAGACCAACUGCAUCUGGGAGCUGAUCCACACCAGGUCCGAGCUGGAGGGCAGACCAGAGACAGUGUUCCAGCUGUGCACCAGUGUCCCGGAGUGCAAGGUGAACAUCAUCAAGGUCAUUCGCUCCAUCCUCCGGGAGAACGUGCGGAGGAACCUCUCUGGAGAGAGGGGCGGUAAGGAGCGCCUGGUGCCCCUGCGCAGCACCGUGCCCUCUUCAGCCAGAAUAGGUUCCUCCAGAGCCUCCUGGCUGUGUAAGCAGCCCCUGCUGGACCUUUCUGCCCAGGGCGGCAGCCUCAAACCAGGACCGCCCGACUCCGACGAGGGCAGCCAGAGCAGCAGUGCCCCCAGCUCCUCCGGAGGACCCCUCACGGCAAGCACCUUCUCCCCCACCUCCUCCGACCCCAGGUCUCUGCCCCCCAGGCAGUCCUGGUCGCGGGGCUCUAGACGCGGCCGCCCCCAACCGGCCUCGUUAAAGGAAUCGGACAUCCUGAGCGACGAGGGCGACGACGACGAGGAGUUCAGCGAGGCCGGCGGGAGGCGCAGGGAGAGCCAAGGGAGCGCGUCCCCCACCAGUGCCAUCGAGGCCCAGUUCCUCCAGCUGAAGCUCUCUGAAGAGGUGGCGUCCAGGCGCGCUCAGGCCCCCCGCGUCCAGCCAGAGGGCGCGGAGGUGGACACGCCCGAGAGCCAGCCCAAGCUGAUGCGAGGCCACUUCAACCCGGUCAAGAGGAAAUGCAGCAGCAGCUUCCGGCGUAGCCAGGGGGCGCUGCUGAGCAUGAAGGAGCACAGCAGGUCGUUGGACAGCCAGGCGGAUGGAACAGGGGCGGUGGACCUCAAUACCCUGCUGGAGAGGGAGUUUAGUGUUCAGAGCUUGACCUCGGUGGUCAACGAGGACUGUUUCUAUGACCCCGGAGAGAGUACAGACACAGGCAGUGCCCCCUCCUCUUAGGGUCAAGGAUGCAGGUGGAGCGAGAAGAGAGUGCAGGGUACACAGAUCCAAACGAAUGUUUUGCCCCUGCCACCGGGGAAGGGAAACCCCAGUUUCCAGGGUUGUGUUGCGCCUCAGCUGUGUGUGUGCGUGUGUGUAGUAAACACGCCCACCACCCUGCUACUGUACGCCCAGGUGGGACUGGAUAUUCUGAUGGAUGCCUUCUGGCCCAGAGACAUGUCCCCCCCCCUACCCCCCGAGAGGCAGGGAGAGGUAGGUGACUCUGUUCUGGUGAUAAUGACUGCAAUGAAUCUGGUGAGCGCUGAUGCACAGCUAAGCCCCUCCCAGCUCGGUGGGUGUCUCUGCGCUUCUCUCCACUCCAGAGCAAUGCAUCUCAAUAUUCUAGAGAGGAUUUCUCUUCGCUCCCUCUCCACUCCAUCAUUGAUUGGUAAUAAAGUAUGUUCAGGUCUAUUCUAUUAAACUCAAUUUCCUGAUCUAAAAAUGUUAUAAAAGGCCAAUAAAAAGCAGGAUGUUGACAGGAAAUGUGCCCUUAAAGUAGUACCAAUGAAGGAAAUGAGGCUGAGAGUAGAGCAAGCCACCAGUGAUGAUUGAGACCCACCCCAAGAACUGUGCUUCUACCCAGACUUCCUGCCAGACAGGAUGUCUGUUAGAAUGGACGGACAUUGAUUUUAUUGUGACUAUGCCUUGCUGUAUUUUGUGCACUAAGUACACUGUUUGCCUACAUAUUUGAAACCUCUUUUCUAUUUGUUCAUCUUGGGUCUUUGUCAUUUUUAAAAUAAAUUUGUAUUUAUUGAUUACUGUUUUAUUGCUGAGAGGAGCAACUAUUGGGUGAAGGCUUGAAUUGUCGAUGGGAAGUUGGCCCAUCUGGAAAAAAGACAUGCAAAAAAAAAAAAAAACA